AUGGCUGAAUAUAGCAGUAACUUGUCUGACGCGAUGGGCGCUUUGUCUGUAGCCGAUGACCACUACAUAGAACCCGAAUUGGACGACAACAUUCAGGCACAACUAAGAAAAAUCAAAAAUGAUUUCGAAAGUGUUUUCUCGUGGGACAUUCUUCAAUUAUCGGAAUUCGAUCAAAAUAUAAUGUUUAACAUAAUUGAUAAAGUACAAGAAAACCUAGAAAUGAUCAUCAUGGAUGGCAAGGACGAUGAAUUCAAUUUUUCUAGGUAA